AUGGAUUACCUUUGGCAUCUGGUGUUUGUGGCAGACGACCGUGUGGCACAGAUCGGCAUCGAUAUGCUCCAGACCCUGUACACCAACCUUGACCACAAACUUCUGCCCCAGCAACGGCAGAUCAACCAGGAAUUCCUAAAGAAAUGUUUCGUUCCUCUGGCUGCAAGCCAUAAGCAGGUUGUUGAUAUUCUGUCUGCUCACAUGUCAGAUGCACCUAUCAAGCCGACCGGCUUCAUCGACACCUUGUCUGAUUCUGAGAAGACCCCGCUGGCCGAAAAAAUGCGGUGCAUGCACCGAGUCGUCCAGAUGCUCCAGCGAUUCCUUGUAGAAAGCGAUCACCUCUUUGAGGGUCCGCGUCUUCGACUUCCACUAGCUCUGUAA